AUCAGGGAAGUGAAGUGUUUUACACUGCGGAGGCAAAACAAGGAAACUGUUUUUAUGAAAAGCCUCGUAAAGAAAUUAGUCGCACUGCAGUAAUUUACCUGGUUGGUCGGUGCUAGCGUUAAGUUGGUUAACUUAGUGUUAUCUCAACUCAAGUGUUAUUAGAGUCUUAGAUAUAGCGUUACGAAGAGGUAACGUUACGACCUGAGUUUCCUGGAGUGAAGCCUGGUAACCUAAACCUACAGCUGCGGAGGACGGCGAAGGUAGGCAAGAGUUCAGCAAGAGGUUAGCCAACAGCCCGCAGUAGUAAGCUCUUUGACAAGACAACUCGGAUUAACUUUUAGUAAAAGCUUAGCAGGCUUUCGGAGAUGUCUCUGGCCGACCAGAGCCAGCAGUGGUUCCCUACGAGUGUCCACGUAACGGUGCACCAGGCUCGGAACCUGCGUGCCAAGGGUAAAAAUGGCACCAACGACGCCUACGCCAUCAUCCAGGUGGCCAAAGACAAGUUUUCUACCUCUGUGUCUGAGAAAUGUGUCGACCCGGUGUGGAAAGAAGAGGCUUCCUUUGACCUGCCGCUCUUCCACCCGGGCAACGGGGACCGCUGCACGCUGUACAUCAUAGCGAUGCACCGGGCUCAGGUGGGGCUCGACAAGUUUCUGGGUCAAGCUGUGGUGAACUUACUGGAUCUGCAUGACAACAACCCCGGCAAGAAGACAGAUUGGUUCAGGCUGGUGGACAAGAGUGGAAAACAGGACAAGCUGCGAGGCGAGGUGCUGCUAGAUAUCCAAUUCAUGAGAAACAACAUGUCAGCGAGCAUGUUGGACCUUUCUAUGCAGGACAAACCGCGCUCCCGCAUCUCCAAGCUGAAGGACAAAGUCCGUGGGAAGAAAAAGGAUGGCUUCUCCGACUCUGCUUCGGCUAUCGUUCCCUCCGUCAGCAAGGGCUUCACAGACAGCGAGGGAGAGGCCGACGCACAGUCACUCAAUCAGUCCCAAGGAGUGAAAAAGAAAUCCAAACUCAAAACCCUCUUUGCGCCCAAAUCAAACUUGCACCGUAACAUCUCGCAGUCCAUGUCUACGCUGGGGACUCUUCCAGAGAAGAAUUCCUCUCUCAGUGGCAGCCGCUCAUCUGGCCCCAAUGUGGACUCUCCUGAUGUUAAAAAGAAAUUCAAAUUCCUGGGACACAAGCGAACAGACAGCUCUGACAGCAAGCAGUCUCUGGGUACUUUCUCCCUACUGGGUCGCACUAAGCAGAGCAACAGUGACCUGAACAACAUGUGCAUCAACGGCAACCAUGUGUACGCAGAGGAGACGGAUCCCCACAGUGGAUCUACUCUCAGUCUGAACAGCUCAGGCCAAGGAUCUGUAGAGGAUGUCCGCAAACACACCUCAGAAGUCCCUGUAGAUGUGCCUGUUCCCUCCCACAAGCACGAGUCUACGGACAGGGCAAUACUGGAGCAACAGCGCCAUCCGGAGGGGGAGGAGAGAAGGCAGGCAGAAGAGGCCAAGAGGCUGGAGGAAGAGGAGCGCAGACACCAAGAGGAACAGGAGAGGAAGAGACGCUUCCUUGAAGAUGAGGCGAGGAGGAAGAAACAGAGAGAGGAGGAGGAGGAAGCGGCAGAACACCAGAAGCUGGAGGAGGAGCGACGCAGAUCCGAGGAGCUGAAACAACAGGAGGAGGCCUCUAUGAGCGACAGGCUGUCGUCUCUGUUCGGAAUGAUCAGAAAGAAGGAGGAGAAAAAAGAGGAGCUACCCACAACAGCUCCUAGCAGCAAUCCAGGAGAUCCUGAUAAACCGAUCUCCCAGCCCUCCUCCAGCACGUUUGAGGACAUCGAUAUUGGCAGUGAAAGACCAGCUGAUCAUCAGAAAUCCAGCAGCAAGCCACAAACCCCGUCUGCCAUUGGUGGCUUCCUCAACCGUACUGCUAAAGUGUCUGCAGUCAAACCCAGAUACACUGAAUCUCUGGAGUCUGAGCCCGCUGACUGCCAAACAGUCCCCAGUCAGCUGUGUCCUUCCCCAGCCACCUCUGAGUCCACCCUCUCUAGUGUCCCGUCUGACUCCCCCGACACUUUCUCCAGUCUCCACUCCUCCCUGGCUCCACCGAACAUAAGUCAAAGCCCGCGUGGUUCUCCCCGUGGCAGUACAGAGGAUUUGUCCGCAGGAUUUGUGCAAUCUUCACUCAUGGCGGACAAGAAAAGAGGAGCCCCCGUGCCACGCUCGUACACAACACAUGGGGCCCAAAAUGGAGGAAAUACCGCUCCCGUCAGAGAGAUCACGAACCCUGCAUAUGUAGAGAAAGAUGAACCACAGCCAGGCAGAAAAAUGUCUGUACCACUUCCCGAUUAUGACACCCUGUUUCCUCACAAGAGACACGGAGUGCAAGGGCACACCCGAUGGGACCAUAUCAUCGCUGAGGUCAAUCAGAAACACAUGGACUUUGCAGAGAUGAGUGUGGACGGCCCAGAGGAGAAUGAAUCCAGUGCUGGGUUUUCAGUCCCACAGGAGAGUCCCACUAUGAAGCAAUACCAAACACCAUCUCAGCCGACCAAACCCACGUCAUCAAAAAAAGCAGCAGCCCCAGCUCCCCCUAAAUCAGUCGCGCCUCCAGACCCUCGAUUAGUAGCAGAUUACAGUCAAACACAGAGCCGGAAUACUGCCAACCAAUCUCUCAUGAGGCCUAAUCUGCCCGCAGUCUCAGGACCUGCAAACACAAGCAGAGAAAGAGUCCCAGAGGUGUCCAGGGAUGGAGCAAAGAGGGUGUUACGUCCAUCUCCUGGAGCAACACAUGCACCCAGAUCAGCUAGCCACAUGGAAACAACAACACAAGAUGGUGAAAGAGAAGCGCCAGUCACUGUGACGACACAGGCACCCACAGCCAAACCCAGACAGAGGACUACUGGCAAAGAGCCAGUACAGCAAGAAGACUUUGCUGUGACACCAGUGGUCUCAGACAACCGCAUGGACAGUAACAUCCAAACUAAAUCUAGUUCAGGUAUGAGCAGCAUGGUCACAAGAGGCAGGCAGGCAGAGUUAGACCCGUUCCCCAGCACUGAGCUCCUCUCCAAAGACCCAUGGGCACAGCUGAAGCCGAACCAGGAAGUAGAUCCCUUUUCUACCGGCAGUGUACAAAGAGAGCAGAAAGUUGAAGAUCGGGGAAUGACACCGGGCGAUCUUGAUAACAUAUUUAGUCGAGAGAAACGGACAGAUUUAUUUGCUGAUUUUAAUGGCAGCGACUCAAACAAACCCAGCGAGUACAUGAAAAAAGACGAAGAUUCAAAUCAGGUCAGUCCAGUUUUCCAAAGAAAGAAUUCACCGAGACAAAAACAAAGUCGUCCGCCCACAACUCACUUGGACAAUAAGACUACCAAGUCUCGACAAGAGCCCGUUUAUAAAGAAGAACCGACCAUAACUACAGCUAAUCAAGUCCUCUCCGCAAGAGGUGGCAGGGAUGGGUCUGUCACACUGAAGCCUCCAGCUGAUGGGAGAACACAAAAUGAAUUUUAUGGAAGCGAAGAUCAGUUUGGAGCUGAGCCUUUUGGCUCUACGUUGACUUCCUCGGAACCCCUCAAUGUAGUCAUGGAGGAAGUAGAACCAGCAUCUCUGGCAGGAGGUUUGUCUGGGGGAAAGGCACCUUUGCGGGUGAGGGUCUCACCCUCUGAUGUUCAGCCUGUCAGUGCUCAGAAUAGCAAUGAAGGUGGGCUAGCUUUAACUCCACGCAGGCCUCAUCCUGUGAAGCCCAUGAGCUCAGAGAGCCAGCAUCCAAUCAGCACCUCCGCUGUGAGAGAGAUCAAGGUCCGUGAGAGCACACCACGGAAGGCUCAGGUGGCAAACGCGGUGGAUAGUGGUCCUUUCACUCAGCUGACGCAGGAAGAGUUGAUCACAAUGGUGGUGAGGCAGCAGACCGACCUGUCCAAGAAGGAGUCUAAGAUUGUGGAGCUCGAGGAGUACAUCGACAACCUGCUGGUACGCGUCAUAGACGAGCAGCCCGGCAUCCUGCAAUCUCUUAACUCUGACAAACCAGAGUGAGGUAACGGCGUCUGUUAGAACAGAGUCCCUCUUCAGGACACCGUUAUGUUUGUUCUGCGUUUGUACUGUUUUGUCGCUGUGUGCCGAGAGAUCUCGAUGACGGUCUCGGGAGCAUUAUGCACUUUCUUAGUUUCAGAGUCAAAAUUGUUUGAGAAUGCUGGAAAUUUGAAUAACACUUCAUAACUAGUUGGGAUGCACAGAUCCAACUUUUUCAGUAACCGAUUCCGAUACCUGGGCUUUGGGUGUCAGCCGAUAGCAAGUACCGAUCGGAUACCAGUGUGAAAUGAAUAAGCUGCGUGCCUCACUGGGAGGAAGUGACGGGGAUCAUUCAAUCGUGCUUGACUUAAACAUUGCUUUCCUAACUUUGUUAUGUAUUUGUUACAAAAUGUAACAAAUGAACACAUAGAUAUAAAUGUAGUUUAUUUUAUUUAUUAAAAUAAUGGUACCCGAUAGCAGCCCAUUGUCACAGAUACCAGAUCCAGCUGAGUCAGCAUCGGUAUCGGUGCAUCUUUAAUAACAAGCAAGGCAAACAUCUUUAUAUGAGCAAAUGAAUGUAUUUGUUUUCACACUGUGGCACUGGAAUUUACUUUAAAAAUAAUUGUUACAUGAAAAUCUAUUCAACGUUUUAUGUAUGUUGUACUUGAUAAAACCUGGGUGGAGCUUUAUUUGAUAUACUAAUGAUGUUUUUUUUUCAAAGAUUAUUAUCUGGGCUCUGUGUAACUUAUCUCUGUGCAAUGAAUGAUGAUAUACAUAACCUUAAACAACCAUCCAAAUUCAACAUUAAGUUUGUUUGUAUAACAAGGGCACAUUGACUUUUACCACUCAGAUCUUAUUUUGUGUUUUCUUUGUUGAACCUUUUGACUUGCAUAUAUAUUUUUUUUAACCAUUCAUUUAAAAACAUUCCUGCAUCGUUUAACUCAGCACAGGCGAAUGUCAGCUGGUCUUCCAGUCCUUAAAAACAUAUUGUGCCUAUUUUUGCUUCAAAGAGGUGUUAUUUAGAAAAGCAGCAAUAAAUAACAGCAAGCAGCUGCUCUGUAUUGUGCAUAGAUUGAAUUGCACGGCAGCAGGCGUAUCGUUUUUUUUCUUUCAUGUGAUUGUUAUGAAGCCUGUGUACAUUGUUUGAAAUAUUAUGCCAGUAAUAGCGCAGAAUCAAACUCUUCGAAUAAUAAUGUGAGGUUUUGAUCACUGUGGUCUUUGUGUUGUAUUUGUUAAGUGAAAACCAAAUAUAAAGAUAAAUAAUCAGAGAGACGGUAAUCGACUCAGUAUCAGUAAUAACCAACCAGCCUUGCCUUUGUAUCUGAACUACACUAAUAAAUGAACAUCUAUGCCUUUUAUAUGAUGAUGUUAUUCUAUCUUUUGUCAGCAAGUAUUGCAAUAUUAAUCUUGAGAAUGUACAGACCUGUGCCUUCAAAACGUUUCAAUGAAUCGUGUGUCUGAUUUGCCGGACGGACAGUUGUUGGCUUCCUCUCUUCUUGUACCGGAGUGAGAGCUCAAAGAAUGUGCAGCCUGGUGUCUGCUGACAUGACGAUACUACUACGGUCCAUGUAAAACCUUUGAAGGAAGUGACGCUGAGCAAAACCUGGUUUUAUUUUAAAUAAAGACACUAAAUAUUUCACCA